UUUCGUUAUAAGGAAUUCAAUGAAAGCAAAGCGCUAUGUUGUGUCCUGCCCUCAUGGAGUACCGAUGAAAUGGAAAUGGCUGUAAACUAUUUAAAAAUCUGCCUCAUCAGUUGAUGUUUAGCGAUGUACAAAACUUUUAUCGUUACCAUUACUUCGUUACGUUCUGUCUUACACCUAAAAUUUUCAGAAAUUCAAGCAUAAAAUACUACAUGACGUUUACAAAACACCAAUAGAACUUCGGGCGUGUAUUAUGCUGAUGGAAUACUACUAUUCUAUGUUGGGUUUUGAGCAGGAAAAUCUAGAUUAAAUUUUAAAGUCAGUAUGGCUACCUUCACAAUGCAGUUCAUAGUAACCUCCAUCGCGUUCUGUUCCUUUCUUUCCGGUCUUGAAACAUUCGUUUACACUAACUCAAGGAGCACCGGUAUUUCAUUAUAUCCGCCUUAACUUGUUUUAAUGAUACGUCUAUGCUGUCUUUUGCGUAAAUUUGGCAUAACUACUUCCAUCCUGUACUAAUGUUUACAUUUUUGUGGCCGUUUGUGUUUCUGAGCGCGGGAAUCGCUGCAACUCGAAGCAAUGGAUGUAGCAACGUUUUGCAGGGAACUUCCCAAAUUGGAACUUCAUGCUCACUUAAAUGGAUCGUUAAGUAGUAGAACCCUGAAUGCCCUUCGUCAACUACAGAACAGUUCAGAAGCUAGCGGUGAUUCAUGGAAGAAAUGUGAAGCUAUCAUCAGCCAUGGGAAUGAACGAACUUUAGAUGAAUGUUUUCAGCUGUUCUCUGUUGUGCAUUCUCUCACUUCAACUCCGACUGCUGUGAGUAAAGCAACAGAUGAUGUAAUUGAAGAAUUUGAAGAGGAUGGUGUUAUAUAUCUGGAGCUGAGGAGUACUCCCAGAUGUAUUGAUGGCAUCAUGACUAAAGAGCAUGUGGAAGCAAUUGUAAAAUCGAUAAGAAAGGCAAAUAUAUCAAGAAACAUAUUAACAAAGCUUAUAGUGUCAGUAGAUCGCCAGAGAGGAUUAACAGAAGCAGAAGAAAAUGUUCUGUUAGCAGUGGAUAUGCACUUUAAGUAUCCAGACAUUGUGGUGGGAAUUGACCUCAGUGGCCAUCCAUGCAAAGGACGUAUUGAAGACUUUUUGCCUCUGUUAGAGAAGGCUAGAUCAUCUGGGUUGAAGUUGUCCCUUCAUUGUGCAGAGGUACCUGAUGUGGAUGAAGUUGAAAAAAUUCUAAAAUUUAAACCAAAUCGCAUUGGCCAUGGAACAUGCAUUCAUCCAAAUUUUGGUGGAUCUGAGAAGUUAUGGAAUAUGUUAAGCAAAUCUGGUAUCCCUGUUGAAGUUUGUCUUACUUCAAACCUGAAAACUAAAACCAUUGAAGGUUACGAGAAAAGUCAUUUGGGACCCUUGUUGGAACAGAAUAUUCCAGUUGUUCUGUCGACUGAUGACAAAGGGGUAUUUGCAACAACUCUGUCUGAAGAAUGUAGAAUCGCAGCUGAAACUUUCUCCCUGACAAGAAUGUGGAUGUGUGAAGCCAUGCUCCGGAGUGUGUCAUACACUUUUACUACUGAAGAUGAGAAAAACAAAUUAGUGCAUUCAAUUCAUAAAUUUAUGAAUAGUUCAGAAUGCAGUUAGUCAUGUCUAGUUCUUCAUGUAUUUUUAGUCAUCAUCUUUUGCAGCUGUUCCCUGCAACAUUGUCAUUCUAAGAGCUAAUCAUGGCAACAGUGAAUAAGAAAAUAAAAGUAGGAUGUUGUAAAUCAGUCGUAUUCUUCUUUAUAUGUAGAUGUAUUUGCAUAUCCUCUGAUUUUACUAGCAAUCUGUAUGCAGACUUAAUUCUAUCUUUUUUCUUCUGAAAACUGUGAAUUUGAAGUAAAUCUUUAUCCCUUUUUAUAAAAUAAUG